AUGGCUCGAAACAUGAUCCAAAUCGGUUUGGUUGUGUUCUUGGUGCUUCUAUUGUCGAAACAACACGUAGAAGCACAAGUUAGCUGUGAUCAAAUAGUCAUAAAGCUGAUCAAUUGUGAGUCUUUUUUGUUUGGAUACUCUAACGUGCCCGGUGUGCAAUGUUGUGCUAGUGCACAAGAUGUGGUUCAACAAGCUAAUGCUUCAAAAGAGGUUUUAAAGGCUACUUGUCGUUGCCUCAAGGCUGCGGCUCAAGCAAUGCCAGUUAACCUUUCCAACGCGGCUCAGCUCACACAGUCGUGCAACCUCAACCUUAACAUCCCCAUCAGUCCUUCCGUCGACUGUGACUCGUUAUGA